AUGGCUGAACCUCCCAAGACUGAUCGGAACCCGACCAGCGCCGGUCAAUCCUGCCGGGAAUGCCGGCGGCGCAAAGGCAAAUGCGACGGAAAGAUGCCCGUGUGCUCGAUCUGUCAGAGAUACAAUCGGCAUUGUCUGUAUGACAAACAUAGCCGGUCGUCUCUGACCAGAAAACAUCUCACCGAAGUCGAAGAGCGGCUGGAAAAGGCUGAAGCCUUGUUAAGAACAUUCUUCACCGAUGCCGAGCUGGCUCAAAUGCUGGCUCACGGUGUUACUAGUGGGGCCAAUGUCCUCCCGAGGCCCCUGGUCAAUGUAUCUAGGACCGUGGAGGGCUAUUCCAGCCAGCAAGGCCCGGCGGACAGCCUUGUUGGGCCUGCCCCGGCAAGCACUUCAUCCGCCGCCGGCGCUCCAUCUAGUAACGAAACCUCCUCCCAUGGCCGCGAGUCAGGCCAGACAUCCGAGUUCGGCUUUCUACAACCCGCCUCGUCAUCAAACAACGAUGUGCAAGGCACCACCCCUCUUUCCUUUGAAAGCCUCCCCACAGCUGAUGACGACUUCGAAUGGGAUGAGCGGGAACCGUCUUGGCCUCUUGUCGAUCCCGGCGGCGACAGUCCAGCCUUCGAAGGUGAUGCUGAUGCCGACAUACCCAAAAUCACCGAUGGCAUGGCCACACUGACGGCCGAUGAUUCGAACACGGGCUUUCUAGGCUCCGUUUCAGGGGCGGCGCUUCUGCGCCUGAUCUGGAUGGGCACUUCGACGGAUGGAGGGGCUGACAGACCAGAACUGAAGAGAGAACGACGCAGAAGCCUAGAGGAACUGUUCAAGAACCGGCCAGACGAAUAUUCAGCCUCCUUGUCAUGGCUUCAGACGCGGCCUCUGAUCACCCGAGCAGUGCUGGACAAUCUUGUCGACGCCUACUUUGCCCUGUACCACCCCACGUUUCCCAUCCUGCACGAGCCGACGUUCCGGGAACAAUACUCGAGACUCCAUGGCCGUCCAAGCGGAAGCACAUGGCAUAUUCUGGCCAAUCUCGUGGCGGCCCUUGGCUCCUUCGUGUCGACGGCCUGUUCCGACGACACGCACAUCACUCUGUUCAAUGCCGUCAAAGCGAACCUCACGAUCGAGUCGUUGGAGACGGGCAGUCUCAGCCUCGUCCAGGCGUUUGCAAUGGCGGCCAACUAUCUGCAAAAGAGGAACCGACCCAACAGCGGCUACAAUUAUGGAGGCAUCGCUCUCCGGCUGGCCAUCUCACUUGGCCUCCACAAGGACUUUCAUGGUUGGCAGACUGCUCCCUUCAAGAAGGAAAUGCGCCGACGAGUUUGGUGGUCACUCUGUGUGUUGGAUGUCGGGGCAACCAUCACGUACGGUCGGCCGUUGAACUGGCCACAGGUCGGGGUUGAAACUGCCUUCCCUUUGAACAUCCAUGAACAGGACCUCGCUCCCGGCUCGACCACAGUGCCACCCGAGGCAAAUGAGGCGACACUAUACACCUACAUCCGCACCCAGUCGCUCUACCAUCUUCGCACCAUGCGAAUCUACAAUCGCCUGAUUUCCAACCCUGUCCCCUCGGCAGCCGAACUCAUUUCAUUGGAUGACGACCUGAUCCAAGGCUGGCUGGCCAGUCUCCCCUCAUACUACUGCGACGCCGAUCUCCCGCUCCCCAAGGGAUUUCUACUCGGCCAUGCCAUUGGCCGGUGGCGGUUCCGCCUGCUGCGCAUCAUCAUGUACCGGCCGUUUUUGAUCCGAUGGGCCCAAGAUGGCUCCGGCUCCGGACUUUCAUCUCCAUCGCACGCCGCGGCCGCGACCGCAGAGAGCAUCGCGACGAUGCGUUGUUUCAAGGCCGCCGAAGAGUGUAUCUCGUGCAUCUACCAAUUCUGGGCUGCUGCCACUCACACCAGGCUAGCGGCUUGGUAUGUAUUGUAA